CAUAAAUCUAAGUAGACAGCUCUUUUCCUCAGCUCAACGAGGUCAGCCAUGGAACAUAGUAUGUGUUUUAUUCCUCAUGAUAUCCUAUUUUUAAUCCUUAUUAUGGCACGUGUUAAAUCUUUGUUACGUUUUCAAUGUGUUUCUCAGUCAUGGAAAAAUUUAAUAUGUGACAAGGUAUUCAGAAAAGCUCAUCAUGAUAAAUCUAAAACGUCGAGUUCCAAAAAGUUAUUAUUAGUACAGACGAACGAUGGUGUGUUUGAGUUUCGAGACUUGGAAAAUCCCAAAAUCCUAAUGAGAAAACAAAAGUUUCCUCUAAAGAGAUUCCAACAUGUCCCAGCUUUGUGCUCAUGUGACGGUUUGGUUCUAUUAAAAAGUCAUCUAGCUUAUAAAUUAUAUACUUUGUGGAAUCCUUAUACUAAUGAAUAUGGAAUUUAUGAAUGUCCAUAUGUUAAACCUUACAGCGGCACAACUCCACACGCGUGUGGAUUUUGCUAUGAUUCUGAUGUUGAUGACUAUAAGGUUAUAUUGAUCUAUAGAUCGUUUUACGCUGUCUUUUAUGUAACUAGAAAUAGUUGGGGGAAGAGAUCAAGUCUUCAUAUACAAGAACUCAAUGUAAGAUCAUGGGAGUGCAGUCCGGGAAUAAACAUUGAAGGUCGGGUAUUUUGGUCAAUAGAUUGGAGAAUUCACCACUUAGUAGGUCAAACUUCUAAGAUUAUAUACUUUGAUGUGAAAUCAGAUGAAUUGAAGGAGCUACCAAAACCAGAUUUUAUAGAUGAAAACACUCGAUUGUAUCGAUUGACUUCUUUCAAAGGCCAUAUUGGCUUAUAUGGUGGUCUAAUAUCUAGCAAAACCUUUGACCUUUGGAUCAUGGAACAAGACGAAUGGAGAUUAUCAAUGACUAUUAAUUGCAAUAUCUACUGCGAGCGAUUUAUAAUGAAUAGUGUGCUUUUGGCUGAGUGCACGAAUCAUGAUGAAAUUCUCUUUCAGAUAAGGAAGGUUCAGUCUCAAUAUUCUGUCAUCUAUAAUUCAGAACAACAUGGAUUCACUAAGGAAAUUCAAAUGUCCAAAGAUUUGCGACAUUACAUAAUUCCAAUAUUUUCGGAAUGUAUAUAUUUUCCAAAACUCAAUAUCAUGCGCAAGAGAAAGCAAUUCAGCUGAUCAGGUUGAAGGUAGAACUAGUGAUUUUAUGAAAUUGAGUUUUGUUAGGUUUAAAGUUUAUUACUAUGCUGCACUAUUCACUUCCUAAGAAAUUGCAAUCAACUUGUAAUAUUGAACUUUUAA